UUGGGAAUGGCUAGUGCUUUGGAGACGCUAUGCGGGCAAGCAUUUGGGGCGAAGAAGUACAGCAUGUUGGGAAUAUAUCUGCAACGGUCAUGGGUGGUUUUGUUAAUGUUAUGCGUCGUGAUGAUGCCGCUGUUCUUAUACGCGACGCCGUUGCUGAAGCUUUUGGGGCAGCCGGACGACGUGUCGGAGCUUUCCGGCGUGGUGGUUGUGGCCUUCAUUCCGAUGCACUUCUGCUUCGCUCUGCAGUUCCCGCUGCAGAGGUUCCUGCAGAGCCAGCUGAAGAAUCCGGUUAUUGCCAUUGUGAAUUUGGUGGCGUUCAUUGUGCAUUGUCUGGUAAGCUGGUUGAUUGUUUACCGGCUUCGGCUCGGAGUCGUAGCCAUCGCCAUGACAUUGAACUUCUCCUGGUUCGUUAUCUUCUUUGGGCUGUUUAGCUACGCCGUCUGCGGCGGGUGCCCGCUCACCUGGCCCGGUUUCUCCGUCCAAGCUUUCUCAGGUCUUUGGGAUUUCUUUAAACUCUCUGUUUCUUCUGGAGUCAUGCUCUGCUUGGAGAAUUGGUACUACAAAGUUCUGAUAGUGAUGACAGGCAACUUGGAAAACGCUAAAAUUGCUGUCGAUGCAUUGUCUAUUUGCAUGAGCAUUAAUGGCUGGGAACUGAUGAUUCCACUUGGAUUCUUUGCUGGAACUGGAGUAAGGGUGGCAAAUGAGUUGGGAGCUGGGAGUGGAAAAGGAGCUAAAUUUGCUGCACUCGUAUCAGUGGUACAUUCAACUAUCAUCGGUUUGAUCUUUUGGGUGUUAAUCCUCAUCUUUGAUGACAAGUUUGCCCUAAUUUUCUCAUCGAGCAAACCUGUCCUAGAAGCUGUCAGCCACCUCUCAAUUCUCUUGGCUUUCACUAUUCUGCUCAAUAGCAUUCAACCAGUUCUAUCAGGAGUUGCUGUUGGAUCUGGAUGGCAAGCGUAUGUAGCUUACAUAAACCUUGGAUGCUACUAUUUACUGGGAAUCCCUCUCGGCAUUAUAAUGGGAUGGGUGUUUCACCAAGGCGUCAUGGGAAUAUGGGCUGGAAUGAUCUUUGGUGGAACUGCAGUGCAAACUCUAAUUUUGUGUAUAAUCACAUUACGUUGUGAUUGGAAAAAAGAGGCUCAGAAAGCAAAUCAACACAUUGAGAAAUGGGAAGGAGUAGGUCACAACGCAGAGUAGAAGUUUGGAAUUGGCAUUGUCGUAUAACUAUAAUAUGACAAAAGUUCACCUAAAUUUAUGUAUUUGGACGUUCAGUCUAUUGAAGAAAUGGAUUACCAUUCAUUUCAAGGAGGUUAAAAUGGUAUUUGUUUAGUGGCUUUGAUGCCUUGAUUGUUUAGGAAAGCAAUGGUAGGGCUUUCAAAAUCAGAGGUUGAAAACUGUGAUGAGAGCUUCAUAAACAAAUCAUCAAAAUUUUCAAUGUUGGCAAAAGCGUCACUGCCGUUGGGAUAUAUAGCUAGUGGUCUCUCAAAGUUGACCAUGGCUCAUGGUCGGAAGAAAGGGAAAAGAUACAUUAGCUUUUUAGGAGUUUCACAAACCGAUUGAUACGACCUCAAAGUUGACCAUGGCUCGUUGUGAGGUCGUGAGGAGCUCUAGGUUGGCAAAGGAACAUCAUAUGUAAAAAAUUCAAAACUCAUUUGAUACGACCUUUUAAGGAUAAGUGGUCGAGUAUGUUUUGCAAGGAUAAGUCCUUUUAACUACAUUUUAGCAUUUUGUAUUAUUUAAAAGCAUUUUGUAUUAUUUAACUGUGCAGUUAAAAGCGCAGUUAUCUUCAAGAAUUCAAUUGAGUGCCUUCCCGAUUAAGUUGUUACCUGAAAUUUGGUAUGAG